AUGAAAAUCUCAAAAAAAUUGGCUAAAAUUCUUAGACAUGACGCUGAAUCUCUAAAACUACCCAUUGAUGAAAAGGGUUAUGUUCCCGUUGAUUUAAUACUAAAGAUGAAUUUUUUUAAAUCUUUAAACGUUGAUCUCGAACACUUGAAAAAAAUAGUUGAAACAAAUAAAAAACAAAGAUUUAAUUUAAAGUUUGAUAACGACAAAAAAGUAUAUUUAAUCUGUGCAAAUCAAGGCCAUUCAAUUAAAAAAAUCCAAAAUUCAAACUUGAUCCAACUAAAAAAUUAUCCAGAUGAUUUCCCAGAUUUUAUUAUUCAUGGAACUUUCAAAUCAAAAUGGCCCUUAAUUAAAGAAUCCGGUGGUUUAAAAAAAAUGAACAGAAACCACAUUCAUUUAACUACAAAUUUACCAAAUUCUGAAAAUAAUUUUGUCAUUUCUGGAAUGAAAACUUCGUCAAAUGUCUUUAUCUAUAUCAAUAUUAAAAAAUGUUUAGACAACAACAUCAUUUUCCAUAAAUCCUUAAAUAACGUUAUAUUAACUGAAGGUAAUAAAGAUGGCAUCAUACCACUAGAUUGCUUUGAAAGAGUUAUCGAUAAAAAUGAUAAUCCUUUGGAUUUUUAA